AUGGCCUUCAAGCAUAUUGCUGAAAUGCUGUCUAGUGUUCCUAAGGGGGAGAUUAUUGAAAACAGUAAUUCUUUCUCGCUUCAGGAAAAACUGUCAGAGGAAGAGAGAAAACACAAGGAAACUUUGGACGGUCUUCACAUGGUGGUGGACGAGGACUCGAGGAGUGAAAGCAGCAGUGCAGACGAGGGGAAAGAAAACAUCAAAUUCCUGUUGGAAAGAUUGAAGGCUCUAGAGGCAGAGAAUUCAGCAUUGGCUUUGGAAAAUGAAAAUCAAAGGGAACAGUAUGAGCGAUGUCUUGACGAGGUAGCCAACCAAGUUGUUCAAGCUCUGCUCACUCAAAAGGAUCUAAGGGAGGAAUGUGUAAAGUUGAAAACAAGAGUGUUUGAUUUGGAACAACAGAAUCGAACAUUAAGCAUCCUGUUCCAGCAGCGAAUCAGACCAACUUCUGAUCUGCUCCUCCAGGAAUGCCAGCCAAAUGCAAAAUCAGGAGUCCGGGCUUUGAAAUGCCCUGGUUUGGGGGUUGUCAUCCCUGGUCAUCUCUGUCCUCGAAACAGCUGCAGCAGCAGUGAGCUGUCCCUUUCGAGCACCUGCAGCGAGUACUCCAGUGGUUCCUCCUACACGUGGCAUGAUGGAAAGAACCUCAGGAAAAGGAAAUCAUCACAAAACUGGGAUAAAAGGCUAAGUAUUGACUCUUCGCUCCCGAGUGGCUUUGCUAGUCCUACAGAUGAACUACCUCCAACUCGUAUCAAGGAAAGUCACAUUUUGGAAGGACUGAGGAAGCUACAGAAACGAAAAGUGCUACUUGAACCCCCGUCAGUGAUAACCAAAUGGGGUUAUAAAGAUUGCAUGAACUCCAAUGAAGGGAUAUAUUCACCAGGAAUUAAGAGUAGCAGCCUCAAGGACUAUCCCCCCUGCAAACCGGCUGACAGGAGGAGCCCCUGCAAGGAGCCCCACGAGACAUUUGUUUAUGACACAGAUUCCCACGAUGAUGCCGAUGAGGACUCUUCCUCCUUAGCCUUGCUCCAGGCGGUUCCAAGCCAGGGCUGCAGGCUGCACAGUCGUAAAUUAACCCACAGUGUUUCUGACAGCCUAUUUGGCUGGGAGCUGAAUAGAAAACACUUUUCAGAAGGCGCGUCCUCAGUUUACCCCAGGGAAAGGCCUGAAAAGCUGACCAGUUGUGCCAGCAAAUGCCCCUUGGAGAGGAAGCUGUGCCCAAGCAUGCAGGUGCCUCAGGUACGGAGAGAGAGGGAGCCACGCGGCCCUGGUUCUGGCUGUGUGGCUCUCAGUCUCCAGCUUUCAGACACCGAUGACAAUGAAGCCCUCGACGAGUUGCACAUAGGUAGCAGUGACGAGAAAAGCCCUUCAGACUUGUCACUGACUGCUGACACUGACAAGUCCAUGGAGAAUCUGGACAUCCUCCUGGGAUUUGGAAAAUCUCAAACUGGGUCUCCUGAUGAGGAGGAAAAACAAGUGCCCAUCCCCUUAGAGAGUCGGCCAAAGACGUUCAGCUUCAUUAAGCAGCAAAGGGUUGUAAAAAGGACUUCUUCAGAAGAAUGCAUUACUGUUAUAUUUGAUGCGGACGAUGGCGAGCCCAUUGAAUUCAGCUCUCACCAGACGGGCAUUGUCACUGUUACCAGAAAUGAGAUCUCCAUCAACCAGGCCCCUACUGGGCCCAAGGCAGAACACACUGAACUUUUACCUCAGGGAAUUGUUCAUUUACAGCCAGGAGCUGCUGCGAGAGACUACACUUUCCUAAAGAGACCUGAAGAGGAAACUGAGAAAAACAUUCCAAAAGGUGACGUAGAUAAUGCUGCUGUGGCACCCAGUGGCUCUUUCAGCCCCAGGACAGUAACGCAAAGUACUCAGCGACGAAGACCGGCCAAACCAACACUCAACUUGUCAUGCAAGAGUAAUUCCAGGUCUUCAGUGUCCAUGGGUAUCUAUCAAAAGCAGAGUCUGACAAAAAUCCCUGCCAGGGGCAAGGCUUCACCUCAGAAAUCAAGAAUAAGGGAGCCCGAAGCCUCCGCGAGGGUCCCCUCCUCUGGCCCAGUGUCUCUUGAGAAAUCACCAGCCUUAGCUCCUGGGAAACUCUCACGGUUUAAGAAGACUGAGGGCCUGGCGCCCCUUUUUGAUUUACGGCCAGAUUCACACAUUCCAAAAUACCCCAGCCAAUUGCCUCAUGGCUCCAAAAUGUCCAGCAGAAAGGAUUGGGUCCCGUGCUCCAAGAGUCAGAUCCCAGCGUCACAGUUGCUGCCAAAGUCCCUCACUGAGCCUGGUGACAAUGGAGAAUCCCCGACGAGGGACAAACACUGUGACUCUGGGCCAGAGGCAGGGAGGAAGUCCCCGUCCCCCCCACCGCCUCCAGACAGGUCAGGCUCCCUUCUCAUCAGGCCCAGUUAUGACUAUUUGCCACCACCCUCAUCUGCCAAGCCAGAAACCAGGGUCCCCAGUGAAGCAGCAAGGACCGUAUACAAACCACCCCCUCUGAAAGGAUCCUCUGUUCCUAUUAUUUCUUCUAAUCAGAUCAUGGCAGAAGUGCCGGGGAAGAAAGCUUCUGUGGCCUUCAGAAAGCCUGUCUUCACUCACCCUCCGCCCUCCACAGAAACAGGGAUUCAAACCAGAUGUUCGACGCAUACCCCCUCCAGCUCCUUUGCUGUGAUGACCCCAGGGCCCCCAAAGGUCUCUCCAAAGAGAGGUGUCCCCAAAACCCCACCUCACCAAACGCUUGGGACCACACAGACAGACACUGGGUUACCAACUCCCAAGAAUUGUCCUUCAGCCCAUGACCCACUGGAAAUCCUGUCCUCCAAUAGUAUGUCUCCGGGAAGAAAAGGACAACUGAACGACUGUGUCCCCACAUCACCUAAGCCUUCCUUCUUAGGGGUGAAUGAGUCACCAUCACCUCAGGUUAGCAGUCACUCAUCAUCACCAUCCUCCAAAAGCCAUAACACCCCACAUGGUUGUCAAAACGCUCAUGAGAAAGGCCUGAGAACUCGCCUCCCAGUUGGGCUCAAGGUUCUCAUGAAGUCUCCCCAGUUGCUCAGGAAAAGCUCCACGGUGCCAGGGAAACAUGAAAAAGACAGUCUGAAUGAAGCGUCUAAAAGUUCUGUGGCUGUGAGCAAGUCUAAGCCCGAGGGCGCCGGGAAUCCAGUGAGCCUGGAGACCACAGCAGGUGAAAGAAAUGUGACUCCACUGGGUUUUCAGGCACAAGACAGUCUGGCUGAAGGGCUUCACCUGGAAACAGCAAUGCCAGAGUCAUUGGAAAACAGCAUCCCUGGGGCUGAUGGAAAAGAUGGGGUAGAAAACAAGUCUGUGAAAAGAUCCCUUUCCUCCAAUAAGCCACACCUAAAACCAGCCCUAGGCAUGAAUGGAGCCAAAGCCCGCAGCCAGAGUUUCAGCACUCACUCAGGAGACAAGCCCCCUACACCCCCCAUGGAAGGGCCCGGCAGAGUUCGAACUCAGAUUAUCACCAACACUGCUGAGAGAGGCAAUUCCCUCACCCGGCAGAGUUCCUCCACCGAAGGCUCGCCCAACAAGACCCCUUCUGCCCCCAUGUCUGACAGUCUCCCCGGUGCGGGGAGGCCUCUGGGGCAUCCCUCCUCCAGGCAAGACUCCCUAGGGAGUGCAGGCAGCUCUAGCAGCCAGCAUGGGAGCCCAAGCAAGUUGCCUUUGAGGGUCCCUGCAAAAUCUGAAGAGCCCCCCGCCCCGUGCGGAACGGAAGGUGAGCAGGGCUACACCCAGGGAGGGUGUCCCAGUGAGGCUCUCCCCGAGGAACCAAGCAGCAAUCCCUACAGAUGCCCACCCACCCCAACAGACUGCCCACGAGCCCUGCAGAAUCCGGGGAGGAUGCAGCGUCCAACUAAUUUUGAAACAAGCAUGACCUCCAAGCUAGAAACUUCUGGAAGGUGUCCAGAUACUUCUACAGCCAGGACUGGCGCUGUGAGCCCCGAAACCCCCCUCUCACCCACAAUUGAAGAAAAGGUCAUGUUGUGCAUUCAGGAAAAUGUGGAAAAGGGCCAAGUGCAAACAAAGUCCCCCUCUGUGGAAGCAAAGCCAAAGCCCGGGCCUUCUUUUGCCAGCUGGUUUGGUUUUCGGAGGAGUAGACUUCCAGCUCUCAGUGGCAGGAAAAUGGAUGUCUCCAAAACCAAAGUGGAAAAAAAAGAUGCAAAAGGUUUGGGGUUUGGAAACAAACAACAAAAAUCAGAGAAGAAAAAAGAGAAAAAGAAGCCUGAGCUGCAGUGUAAAAUAGAAAAUGAACUUACCAAGAACACCAAGUUGGUGGAGAGUCCAGACCGUAGUUUACAAAGCAAAAAUGAUCUGAAAACACCGCAAGACAUUUAUGACCAAAUGAAGUUUGAACCAAGGAAUAGACCCAGCCCUGUUAUGUGUUCCACAAAAGAUACGUUUAUGACGGAACUUUUGAACAGAGUUGAUAAGAAAGCAGCUCAACAGACAGAAAGUGGAUCAAAUGAUGUUUCCUGCAGGAAUGUGUUAAAGGGCAGCUCCCAGGGCUCCUGUCUCACUGGUAGCUCUGCGAGCACUCAAGGAAACCACAAGAAAAACAUCAAAACCAAAGCUGAUGUGGAAAUACCGAAAGGCUCCCUGAUAAAAGAAGCAAGUGAAAACCUGCAAGAGGAUGAAGAUACAAUUGCAGAUUCCACAUUUCAGAACCACAUCAUAGGUAAACAUUUACGUCUUG